AUGCCACCAUCUGAACAAUCAUGCUUCACAAAGCUCUCGGAUGAUUUGUUUUACGAUGUCGCCGAGUAUCUCGACAAGAGGGAUCUCUGUCGGCUAUCUGCGACAUGCAAAUCUCUGAACGAUAUCCUCCUCGGUCGGAGAAGAAAGGCAGCAAGACAGUGUGCUGUUCCAGCAGACGAAGAAUAUGAAAGAAUAGGAAACGAAAAACCUGCCGAGCCAAUGCUGAGGUGUAUUCUCGAAUCCAACAUUGCUGCCCUUAGACUGUUCCUAGACGCAGGCGUGGACCCCAACUCCCGCGCCGUGACGCACCGAAGCCCCAUGUUUCUUAUUGCUGUGGACAAACUCAAGUAUAAAAGCGCCAGUCUCUUGCUGGAAUAUGGUGCCGAUCCGAAUCUAGCAGAUAAAAAUGGAAAAGUGCCGUUCGACUUGAUUGACCGUCUUCGGUGCCCAGAUAUUGUGCCGACGCUGGCGGAUUUUCUCAACAAGGCCGGAUGCAAAAACGUUACUAGAUUAACUUCCUUUGCUGUGAUCUGUCGUUACGCGCGCUUGGAUACCGUCAAAGGUCUACUGGACAUCGGGACAGAUAUUUUGUCUUUGCGAGGGAACCACGGCAUAACCGUGUUCCAUGAACUUGCCAGGCAUGGCUCUCUAAGUUCUUUCGUAACGGGCACUCCACGCACCCUGGACCUUCUGAUCGAGUUGUCACCGGCUCUUCUGAACGUAGCGAAUGAAAAUGGUCAUACGGCGCUUCAUUACGCUAUGACCUGGAGAGAGCCUGACUACGCUCUUUAUUUACUUGAGAAGGGUAUCAGAGUUGGACGCCCCGAUAAAGAUGGCCGCACUGAACUAUGGUGGGCAGUGCACGUUGGACAAGAGCGUAUCGUACGUGAGAUCCUUGCGAGGCCAUUUGUGAACUAUUCUGUCGACAGGAAUCAUGAACAAGCCAAUCUUAAUAAUCCCUUAACUGAAGCGGCCAGGUGGCGGAGAUGGGACACUCUGAAGCUUCUACUGCGAGACUCGAGGAUCCAAGUCGAUUCAUCUUUCAUUAGUUCGCUCCAGAAGGAUUCUCGAUUUUCUGAUCGUUACUCGGCUCUUGAGAAGAUGCGGAAACAGAUGGAACUUGAGGAGCGCAAUCAUCCUAAUAUUAGGGAGGCUCUGGACGAUGUUAUUACUCGGAGGUAG